UUCACAGUUCAUUUUAGUUUUCAGAAACGAUAGAGGAAUGUUACAGAUAGGAACAUCAAGUGGGUGUAACGUACAUGUUUUAUCAAAUUGCAGAAACAUUAAUGCGACGCGUUAUUUGUUAAAGUGAUAGGUACGCCAACAGUUGGUGUUUUUUUGUGAACUGUUUAUAUUAAAAUAUACUACUAUCGAAUGGCAUGGAAAUCAAGGAACGUCGAUGGAAGGUACCAUCGCUGUUCUGGUUACCCCUUUUCGCUUUCGGCGCAUUGUUGUUCAUAGUAGAUGUCUUCCAAACACAAUAUAACAUAAAUCCUGUAAGACUACAGGGGGAGGAAGUAGUUUUUGACCAAGACUCUCUAAAAGGAUUCUUGAUUAAAACACCCGGAUGUCGAAUACCAUAUAUGGAUCCAUUUGAUCAUACUGUAAAAGAAUUCAUUCAUAAAGAAAAGAAACCUGUAUGCAACGGAGGCAUUCCAGCUUUAUUUGAUUCGAAUCUGACUUCGAUAUAUUUGUUGAAUUCUUCCUUGGCGAAUUAUACAGACCAAAAUGUGAGUGUAUUAAAAUGUUGCUACCAACCAUUUCACAGACAAGAACCCAGCGAAGAUGAUAAUGACAAUAAGAUACAGUUUGACGAGAAAUGCAUUCCGUUCAAUAUUACUGCAACAAUAACAGACGAGUUUAUUAAAGUCGUGUGCCAUAUAAACAGAGCUAUAGUUUACACUGACUUUUUUUCUUUUGUUCCGAUAAAGACUAAAAAGGUGAAAUUCGAAACUAAACCCGUAAAUAUUUUGAUUAUUGGUCUAGAUGCAGUUUCUCGACUCAAUUUUCAUAGACAGAUGCCAAAAACCUCAGAGUAUCUAAAGAACAUCUCAUCAGUAGAACUUUUGGGUUAUAAUAAAGUUGGCGACAAUACAUUUCCCAAUUUAAUGCCGGUUUUAACGGGUUUAUCUGAGACAGAACUUCAAAAAGUUUGCUGGAAUGCUGACAAUAACCAUCGUUUCGACAAUUGUCCGUUCAUUUGGAAAGAAUACAAAUCUAAAGGAUUCGUUACGUCGUUUGGAGAAGAUUCGUCUUGGAUGGGUAUUUUUAAUUAUAUGAGAAAAGGUUUUCAUGAACAACCAACCGAUUACAUGUGGGGUGCUUUUAAUAGAAUAUCAGAGAAUGCAAUUGGAAAUUCACAUAACAUGAAUGUAGAAGAAUGCGUUGGUGCCAGGCAAGUCUAUAAAGUUUUUUUAGACUACAUAAAAAAAUUUGUUACUAAAAUGGAUCUAGAAGAACGUCCCUAUUUUUCGUUUUAUUGGGGAGCAAGUUUAAGCCACGAUUACUUGAAUAAACCACACUUGGGUGACAAACAUUAUUAUAAGUUUUUCAGAAAAUUGAAAGAAAACGGACAUUUAGACAAUACUAUUACGAUAUUUAUGAGUGAUCAUGGAAUCAGAUGGGGCGAUAUUAGACAAACUUAUCAAGGUCAGAUGGAGGAGAGACUACCUUUUGUCUUCAUAGUGUUACCUGAAUGGUACAAAGGACAAUAUCAAAACGCCUAUAAUAAUCUCUUGAGAAAUACACGACGUUUAACUACUCCAUACGAUCUGCACGAAACACUGAAAGAUUUUUUAAAUCCUGCAAUUUUACACGAAGCUUUGGAAAAAAGAUACCAGGACAGUCCCCGUGGUUAUAGUUUGUUUUGUGAAAUCCCAGCGAAUAGGACUUGCAAAAUUGCCGACAUUGCUAGUCAUUGGUGCACGUGCCAACAAAGUGUAGAAGUUGAAAAAAAUAGUAGUUUAGUAAUAGAAGCUGCAAAUUUUGCAGUUGAUUAUAUGAAUCAACAAUUGGAAGGAUACGCACAGUGUUCUGAGUUGACUAUGAAUAACAUAACAGAUGCUCGUGUGAUGACACAUAAUGAAGAUAUCUUGGGCGGAAAUGAAAUAAAAGAUUUCAUGAUUAUUUUAGAAACGGUACCUGGCAAUGGAGUUUUCGAAGUCACUUUGAGGAAUACGAUAGGAUUUAAUAAAACAAAUCAGUUUGAAGUAAUGGGCACAAUUAGUAGAUUAAAUUUGUACGGAAAACAGAGUGCAUGUAUUACAGAUUUUCAUUUGAAGUUAUAUUGUUAUUGUAGAAGUUUAUUAGACUUGGGUAAUUGACAAAACCAGUAUAUAAAAUAAAUGGAAAAUUACCUAUAGAGCAUAAGCUUUCUACGACUACCUACCUGCCUGUGAUGUUUUCAAACAAGUGUUGCUACUACACUCUUUGUCACAAAUACUAUUAAAAUUGAAUAUUGUGCGUAAGUUAAAUAUUAAAGGUAUAGUAUGUAACAACAAUGUAACAUCCAACCCAUUAUUUUUGUGAAUGUUGACAUAAUCAAUUUUCGGUGUAGUUUUAUGUCAAAAUGCAAAAAAUCUUGAACUAAAAUUACGGAAUCGUUCGAUUACAUUAUUUUGGAAGAACUUGGCAAUUUCAUGAGUUUUGUGAUAAGUGAUUUUGUUCUCUAAUUAUAGCACUUACGUGUAUAGUGAUCUUUAUUUAAAUAUGCUAAUAGUAAAUUAAUUACAAAUACGGUAGUGAAUUUUGACAUUCUUACCAAAUUUAGAUUGUGUCAACACUGUUUAUUUUGAAGUCAUAAGCAGGGUUCAAUAUUUGUACAAUUUGUAUGAAGGCAAACAUGAAAUUUGUAAACUGCAUUAUGCCUUCCUGCCUGUAUUACAUAGAUUUCUAACUUGUAGAUAAAAUUUCAGUGUUUAGCUACUAAGACACGACAUGUGAUAUAGAUUAAUAAGUUGUUCAAUUAACCUUUGUGUACAGGUAAAUUUAUUAUUUUUAUUUAUUGUUGCUACUUAUUACUGUAGUCGUUUUUAUAAACAUGUUUUCAAUAAAAAUUUGUUUUAAUA